UUCUGGACAGAGAAGUUUCCCGCCACUCCAGUCCUCUGUUACUCCAUCACUUCGAACGAGCCUCCCUCCGGCGACUCUCCCCCUCCGCAUUCCGAUCGACGCUGCUCCUCCUGCUUAGCAUUCCAGCCAAGCCUUCGACGCUGCUCCUCCCUCUCUCACGCUCAGCUCCUCUUUCUGGCGACGAAAGCCGCUGGUCUCCACGCCAACCUCCAACGCCUCUCUCUUGCCUGCAAGAUGACAAGCACGAAGAAGAAGACGACGACAAGGAAGAAGAGGUCGAAAGUUUGGAAAUACUUUCGCAUUAUUCUUUCCGGUGAAAAAAAGAUUGUAAAGGCUCAAUGCACAAUUUGUUCGCGAUAAUUCAAUGCUAAUCAAGGGACUUCGGAUCUCAGUCGUCACUUGAGAAGAGCGCAUCAGAUCUUGCUUGAGAAGGUGACACCAAGAAAGGAGAAAGUAGUAUCAAGUGCACAAGAAAAGGUUAGAGAAAAAAUAAAACUUAACUUGUGCAAUCAUCAUAUGUUGCUUCUGAUGUGUCUUCGACUAUUUUCAUUUCAAUGUGAUUUACAGGACUCGCUUUCUGAAAUGAUGAGAAAACUUCAGAUAGGCUCAUCAAGUGCCAAGGCUUGUGACGAGUCUUUGACCGAUGAAUUGAGAGAACCGAGAAAAGCAGAUUGAGGAAGAGCUCAAAUCACUAAGGACCGAAUGUGAAGAACUGCGAAAAAUCAGCAAUGAACAAGAAAAAGUGAUCUUUGAAAAAGAAAUUGUAAUCACCGGGCUACAGAAUUGGAUUGCGGAUGAAGAAUCCAAGGCCACUGAGACGGAGGAGUUGUGAAAAAUCAUCAAUGAACGAGAAAAGGGAAUCUUGGAAAAAGAAGGCAUAAUCAGCGAGCUACAGAGUCUCAUGGCAGAUGAAGAAUCCAAGGCCAUUGAGCGGGAGGAGUUGCGAAAGAAGUUGCUCAACAAAAUCUUGGACUUGAAAGGAAAUGUCUGAGUUUUCUGCAGGGUUCGGCCUCUUAUUUCCAAUGAGAGCAGUGCAGAAGGGCAACAACAUAUAUCAUACCUGACAUCCAUAGAUGCGCUUGGCAGGGGGAUUGACAUUAUGCAUAAUGGGCAAAAAGUUUCUUUCAUAUUCGAUAAGGUCUUUAAGACUGAGGCAUCACAAGCGGAAGUUUUUUUGGAAAUUUCAGAGCUUGUCCAAAGUGCUCUUGAUGGCCAUAAGGUUUGUAUGUUUGCUUAUGGGCAAACUGGUUCAGGCAAAACUUAUACUAUGAUAGGUAAACCAGGAUCUCCGGAAGAGAAGGGUCUGAUACCUCGUUGUAUCGAUCAAAUUUUUCAGAUGAAGCACUCUCUGCUCUCACUGGGUUGGAAGUACAAUCUUAAGGUCUCAAUGUUGGAAAUCUAUAAAGAAGACAUCUUUGACUUGUUGGUGCCAAAGAGAUCAUACAGCACCGAUGUGCAGAUGGCUUCUCCUUCAAAACGAUAUGGGAUCAAGCAUGACCAAUAUGGAAAUAUUGAAGUCUCGGGUUUGACAAUCGUUGAUGUUUGCAUCGAGAAUGAAGUAUCAAAUCUUUUAAGAUUGGCUGCUAUGAGGAGAUCCACUGGAAAAACUAAGAUGAAUCAACAAUCUUCAAGAAGUCAUUUUGUUUUCACCUUGCGAGUCUCUGGAGUUAAUGAGAGAACUCAACAAAAUGUCGAAGGUGUUCUCAACCUCAUUGACCUCGCGAGUAGCGCGCGUUUCUCUAAAAGCGAGGUCACCGAAGUACAAUUGAAGGAAACCCAAGCAAUCAACAAGAGUUUAUUUCACUUGAGGAAGGCCAUAUCUUCUUUGGCAAACAAAGAGGGGCAUGUGCCUUUCCGGGACUCGAAACUCACAUAUAUACUUCAGCCUUGUCUCUGUGGUGACUCGAAGGCCUUGAUGUUUGUUAACAUCUCGUCAGACCCCACCUCUUCAGGAGAGUCACUCUGCUCCUUACGAUUUGCUGAGAAUGUGAACACAUGUGAGCUUAGGGGUCGACGCCUUUACGGGAAUUGGCAUGGAGUGUAGUUGCUAGUAGUUACAUUGUUUACCUGAGUAUAUUAUAGGGCCAAAAACUUUCUAAUCUAACGUCAUUUUGUAAUCUUAAUGGGCCUAAUCACCAUCUUCUAAAUUCCUCCUGCUCUUGUAAGGGAAGAGGAGACGUAGAGAGGCACACUAACAUUUUGUUAUCCUUAUUCAUCAAAGUUUAUUUCAAUCAGAAAACAAGAAUUGCUAGUC